UCUAUAAAGCAGCUCUUGUGCUGACUAAACUGAACUUCUUAGGAUUUUCACCAUUUACCUGCAGAAGAACCACAAAGGAACCAUUCAAUCCCUCUACUAAAACAUGAACUGAACCCUUCUCCAGGAACUCGAACUGUGCAAUAAAAUGGCAGCUGUUGGGUUUCUCUUCAUUCUUCUACCUAUGGCAUGGGCUUGUGCACCUCAAAAAGCAGAUUAUGUGAUGGUGUCAUGUUUUCCCAAUGCCAUCAUUGCAAACGUGCCAGAGUGUCCGUACGGAUGGGAGAUCGGCCAGCUGUCUCUUGGCGCCGCGUGCUAUACUGGAAUUAACACUCCGGGUUUUUAUCGUUUCACUAUACCAGACCUCACACCAAAGAAUAAUUCUUACUGUGGCACACUCUCUGAGUAUGUAGGAGGCAAAGACCCACGGUACAUUUUCUACAACUCAAUAGUAUCCAACGAUUCAUCCCUCACCGUCCGGAACCAGCCCGUGAACUACACCUUCAGUUGCACCUACAAAGCGGCUUAUCUGGUCAACAAUGCCGUGUUCAGCCAAAGAGUGGCAACAGUUUAUGUCAACAAUGGAAGUUUAGGGUCAUUUAAGUCUCAGUUGUCUAUGAACGUGUUCACAAACUCAAAGUUCCUGUAUGCAAAAGACGCGCCGUAUAUAAUCGACACAUCAGAGAUCGGAUCUGAGGUAUUCAUUGGCAUUGAAGCUAAAGGACUGAGUAACAGAUUCAAAGUAGUGAUAACAAAUUGCUGGGCAACACCAACACCUUAUUCAACCGACAGGAAAAGAUGGACAUUAAUUCUGAACAGUUGCUCUUUAGACACCACAGUCACCAUAUUUGAAAAUGCCAAAGACAGCAGGUCCAUUUUCAAGUUUAACUCGUUCCGCUUCCAGCGGCUGGAGAAAGUGUCCACCGUGUGGCUACACUGUGAGGUGCAAGUGUGCGAUGGAGAAAAGCUGUUCUGUCAGCCGACUCCAUGCACCUCGAGAAGUACAGAAUUCGAACCUGAUCCAAAUGGAGGCAUCUUGACCACAGAGUUUCAAGUCAGAGCACAACACUCUGCGAGUUACAUGCAUUUUGCAGGCCCAUUUGUGUGUCUACUGUCCAUACUUCUAUUAAAUGAGUUCUUAGGGUACUUCAGUUUGUAAUGGGGCCAAAUGCGUGUCACUUCAAAAUGCAAUGAAACACACCUUUGCACUCUUACAAUUACAUACAAAUACCUAAAUAUAGACACUCAUACACAGCAUCUAUACUGUACGUGUGUCUCAGGGAGUGUAUCGACACAUGCCUUCAAUUGCUUUUUUAUCGUUUCUGCUUGUGUUUAGUGCUCCUAACGUAAAUAUUGGUACUGUAGAUCAAGAAAAUAAUCUCUAAAGCAUUUACUAUAACAUUUUGCAUUUUAGAUUAAAGGGACAGUUGACCUAA